CUCCAGAAAUCUGACAUUGACAGAACAGAAUAAAGAAGUAAGAAAAAGAAACAUUUUGUAGCGAUUUGAAAAACACUGAAUUAGUUCAUGUUUAGUUAAUAAUUGACUGAAUUGACAUAUGAAUGGAGGAAUCUUCAGACAAUAGUGAAUCAAAACGGCCGCAAUUUGGCACAAGACACUUAUCGGACCCUCAAAAUGUUUUCCAGCAUAACGCAUGGUAAUGUCUUUAUUGGUUUACUUAUACGAAAUCACAAGUAUACCUCGUGUUGGUUUUCUCGUCUGCACUUAUGCUACGAAAAUACGAGAUUCCGAAAGAAACCUUCCAUCAAAGAAAAUGGGGAUGGUAGGAUACUGAAUAAUCAAGAUGAUUUAUGGCAGCAUAAUGCUUGGGAUAAUGUUGUAUGGGGAGACGAACAGAUGAAGGAAGCAGAAGCCAAGCUGAAGCUCAACUCUUCAUCUUUCAUGACAGAAGAAGCUGCUCUCAAAUAUGAAAAAGAGGCCAGCCAAUUCUGGGACACAUUCUACAGUACACAUGAAAACAAAUUCUUCAAGGACAGACACUGGCUUUUCACUGAGCUUCCAGAACUUUGCAAUGAGCAGCCAACUGAAAAUGUUAGUGAAACAGAAGUUAACACAACAGGCUUCCCUUGUCAAUCAGCUGGAUUUAGAAUCAUGGAAGUUGGUUGUGGAACUGGCAGUACAGUUUUCCCCUUGUUGGAAGCCAACACUCUAAAAAAAAGUUUUGUCUACUGCUGUGAUUUCUCACCAAAAGCGGUUGAACUUGUCAAGAGUAAUCCAGAGUACGAUCCUACCAAAUGCCAUGCAUUCGUCUGUGAUCUUUCCGAAGACAACAUCACAUUUCCGUUCCCAGAGAAUAGCUUGGAUAUAAUUCUUGUUAUUUUCGUCCUGUCUGCCAUUAGCCCCGAAAAAUUUAGUUCAACGAUUAAGCAACUCAGUCGUCAGUUGAAACCAGGAGGAAGGAUUUUCUUUCGAGACUAUGGUCGCUACGAUAUGGCCGAACUACGUUUCAAACCGGGUAAAUGCAUCUCAGAACAUUUCUUCGUCAGAGGAGACGGCACAAGAGUUUACUUCUUCAGUCAAGACGAACUCCGAAAGCUUUUUGAAGAAUCUGGCCUCGUUGAGGAGCAAAAUGUAAUUGACCGAAGGUUACUUGUGAAUCGGGGAAAACAAUUAACUAUGUACCGAGUAUGGAUCCAGUGCAAGUAUCGCAAGCCAACGUAACGCGGAAAAUGAUUUUAUUGAGAAUUUUGAGAUGUACUAUGUUGUGUGAUGUUUCAGUUUGAUACAUGCUUUUUCCCCUUA